CUUCAGAGCGGAGAAACAGCGCGAUGAAGAGCGUCGCCGACCCGGCAUCAUGCGCCCCCGGCUCUCGAGGACCGCCUGCCUGCUGCGACUCGCUGCCCUCUACAUCCUCCUCUCGCGCUCAGCCGCUUAUUUCGGGCUGACGGGCAGGGAGCCCCUGCCGGCGGAGCCCUCCUCCUCCUCCUCCUCGGAGCGGGCGCACCUGAAGCAGUGCGAGCAGCUGGCGCUGAGCCGGCGGCAGAAGCGCGUGUGCCGCCGCGAGCCCGGGCUGGCCGGCGCGCUGCGCGAGUCCGUGCGCCUCGGCCUGCUGGAAUGCCGCUACCAGUUCCGCCACGAGCGCUGGAACUGCAGCCUGGACGGGCGCGCCAGCCUCCUCCAGCGAGGGUUUAAGGAGACGGCCUUCCUGCUGGCGGUGUCCUCCGCCGCCCUGUCCCACGCCCUGGCCAGGGCCUGCAGCUCGGGGCGCAUGGAGCGCUGCACCUGCGACGACUCCCCCGAGCUGCAGCACCGCGAGGCCUGGCAGUGGGGCAUCUGCGGCGACAACCUCAAGUACAGCACCCGCUUCCUCAAGAGGUUCCUGGGGCAGAAGCGGGCCGGCAAGGACCUGCGGGCCCGGGUGGACGCGCACAACACCAACGUGGGCAUCAGGGCGGUGAAGAGCGGCCUGAAGACCACCUGCAAGUGCCACGGGGUUUCGGGGUCCUGCGCGGUGCGCACCUGCUGGAAGCAGCUGUCCCCCUUCCACGACACGGCGCGCCUGCUCAAGUUCAAGUACGACUCGGCGGUGCGCGCGCUGAGCGUCACCAACUCGGCCACGGGCGAGCCGGAGCUGGCGGGGCCACGGCGGCAAGGGGGCAGCCCCCGGCCCGCCGACCUGGUCUACCUGGAGGACUCGCCCAGCUUCUGCCGCCCCUCCCGCUACUCCCCCGGCACCGGCGGCCGCCCCUGCGCCAAGGACACCAGCUGCCACAGCCUGUGCUGCGGGCGCGGCUACAACACCGCCCUGCAGCACAGCACCGUCUCCUGCCACUGCCAGGUGCGCUGGUGCUGCCAUGUGGAGUGCCAGACCUGCCUGAGGGAGGAGGAGGUGUACACCUGCAAGCCCUGAGACACAGGGAGCAGGGAGGGGGAGAGAGGAGAGCCCGCUGGAACAAAACAGAAAGAGAGGGGCGGGGGGGGAGAUGGAGAGGGAUAGAGAGGGGGGAGUUCUUGACAGCUACAGGGAGAGAAUUAUAAGGGAACUGGGGAAGAGGCAGGGACCGUCCGUGUGGAAACGUAGGCAGAGCAAGGAGGCACGAGGAGAGAGGGAUCUGGGCAAAGAGGGAUGACUCGGGCUCGUCAGGAACGACGAGGGAGACGGGCGAGCACGCCAACACGAGGAAGGUAAAGGGAGGGAGCAAGGGAAGAGAGAGGAGCUCCUGGUCUUUCUUGCAUCAUUUCACUAGCACAAUGCCGCAGGAAGCGGAACUGGCUCUCACCAACUGCUCCGUUCCUAGACUGCGACGCAGCCAAAAAGCAGAGACUUGGGAGGUGUUCUUAACUGACUUCCAGUGGCAACCUUGAAUAACCCAGGAGGGAAACCACUGCCGUCCCUGCGCACAUGUGUCCACUCCCAAAAUACUUUCUUUUAAAAGCCGUGGAACAGCAGCAAUCUGAGGAUCUCUGUGCGCCAUCGUCUUCUAACUAUUCUCUCGUUCUCUUUCUAAGCCCGUGAGCCUGUCCUGUGCUCCAGAUGGACAGGUCACCUUUUCGACCUUGGUGCUGACAGUCCUCGCGCUGUCAGAAUGGAGUUGCACUGUGAUGCCGAUUUGAUUACACUUUGAAGACGCGGACGGAACAAGUGACAAGUGAGCUGAACAUUAAGCGGUUGUCCUAGACGCGUCCAGAUUUUGUCUUGAGAGGAACGUAAUACAGUAAUCCUUUACUGGA